AUGAUUAAAAAAAUGCACAUAAUAGCUGUCACUCAUAGACAGUUGAACAAAUUUUCAAAUUAAGAUAUUGGAUCAUUUAAAGGUCACAGUUACAUGUACUCCAUGAGUCUAUGUGUUAGCAACAUAAUAAAGUUUUUAAACUGCUUUGAAAAUCUUGCAACUCAGUCACCCAACUUUUAAUGUCUUGGUUAAUUGUUAUUGUCGUGCGCAUGCAACCAAUCAAACCAUACUAUAUUAUUAUUUCGCCAUGUUAGUUCCAAAAGCUUAUCCCCAAAUAUCUAAAUAGUGAAAUGUGAUUAAGUGUAUAGGAAAAUUAUUUUACAUUGAUAAUGCAUACAAAAAUAAAUUUUUAAAGCUAUUCAUAAAUGCUCCUCAUCCAUAUUCAGUUUAAUGCAUUUUCAAAUAUAAAUAUGGAAGACUUUUAAAGAACCAUGGUAUGUAGGCAAUAUAUCUAGUUCACACAAGCAUAAGUGGGGUAAUGGAAUUUCAUAUUGUUUCUAAGGAAAAUGACACUCUUCUCAAGUUGUGAAUAAUUUGAUUUAUCAUCGAAGUCCCACAUGGGUGACAUGGCUUCAGAAAAUGUUGCUGACAAAAUGUGUUAAGAGUCCCACAUUGGAUGAGAGAAAGUCUGAUAAAGUGUUUAUAAGUGGUGGGUAGUCCAGUCCUCACCCUAUAAGCCAUUUUUGUGGGGUUAUGUUGAGUCCAACUCAAAUUCUAAGAUGGUAUCAGAGUCUAUCUAAGAUGUCUUCUAUAAAGGGGCCGUUGCAUGGACUCCUAAAAGAUAGUGCAAGGAAGAAAGCGCAAAAGAGCCGAAAAAGAAAAGAAAAGAAAAGCUCAAAAAGGAAAACCUCAUGUUGCAUUAGGAUGAGAAUAAGGAGGAAAUUGACAGAAGAACUAACCACUAUCCUUAGAAAGGUUGCUGACAAGUUCAUAAAUUCCUUCUUUUCCCAAAGUAUCCUUCAGAUACAUAGCAGCAGAGACAACCUCCUCAGGAGAAGGAAAGGGCACAAAUUUCGGCCAACUAAGGCUCCCAAGUGAUGAAUUCAAUCACACAUAGAACGUGAAUGGAUAACAGCAUUUGGGAACCUUGUGGGUAUGUGAGUAGUGGUUAUUUCAUGGAAUGUAAAACCAUUUCAUACAUAGCUACAAAGAAAGUGAAAUAGGAUUUGGAAACUCUUGUAAGUGGUAGAUUUUUUUUUUUACUGUCUUGUGAGUGGUAGAUGUUUUACACGUUUGAGAAUGUUGGAUACCCAAAUGGCUUAAGGUCGAAACUCUAGAUCUCUGGUAGCCGACAGCAGGAUCCUAGAUUCUUAUGCUUGUGUAAUAUUUAACUACUAUUAGUCGUCUAACGCUCAAGCCAUGCAAAUUUUAAUUAUGAUCUCAUCAUGAAUUUAUGAUACCACUAAUAAAUAUGUUAACCGUUUAUUCA